AUGGCACGCCAGGCGAUGCGCUCGGGCACCUCUACCGAGACGCUGCGAAGGGAGUGCAGCACGGCAGCCGCCGCAGUGGCCUCCAGCGGUUCGCCGACGACCUGGGCGCUCAAGCCGUCGGCAGACACUUCGACACGCAGCGAAGCGCCACAUCUCUCCGCGAAUGUCCUGCAAGCGCGCGCUCGGGUGGGUCGGCCAUCCUUUAUCUACAACCAGCGACCUCAUGCAGACCUGCUGCGCCAGAAGGUCCUCUCGGGGAACGACAGGGGGGGGAUAGCAAAGGGCAAGGUAGAGAAUCAGCUCACGUAG